CAUACCAAUACCAAUAAUUCGUUCUAAUUAUACAGCCAAUUUAUAGGGGCAAAAUUCGAUUUUCAAAUUGGAGAAUUCAUUAAAUGUUUUCACAUUGCGUAGCUCCGUGCCUUAUUUUGACGCCGCCGCGCUGAAGCAAGUGUCACAUGACUCGCCGGCCGGUCGAGUCGAGGUGCUCGCUUCAGUCAGACAGAAUACUUCAGAUCGGGCGCGAAGCUCUCGCGUUAUCAACGUUAUUACUGUUAAGCGUUCCGUCCUACAUGCAGUUAAAUACGAUAAGAAUUUAUAAUCGCUGUGUAAGGUUGACAGAAAUGGAUUGCCAGGACAUAACCUAAGUUUAUUACCUAGUGUUGUAUUCGCUGAUGGAAAUUGUCAAUUGAUUGUUUCUAUGAUAUUUUUUUAUUAAUUGUGACAGUGUUGAUACAGUGAUAUUGUUUAUUUGUUUGUGUUUUUUUUUUGUUGACUUAAAGUGAAUAUGGAAACCCGGCACUACUGGGAGGAGAACGGACAUUCCGUCAAAUAUGAUAAUUACAAUUCUAACGAUGGGUUCAGUCGAGUGGCUGACCAACUCAAUUUCGCCGCACCCUCAGAAGAUGAGGCGGAAUAUCCACCUGGCGCCUAUUUGAAGAAGGGGAAGCAAGAUCCGAUGUCGCACCGUAUAAUCGAGAAGCGUCGUCGCGACCGGAUGAAUAACUGCCUCGCAGACCUGUCGCGUCUCAUCCCGCCAGAGUACCUGAAGAAGGGACGUGGCCGCGUCGAAAAGACGGAGAUCAUAGAGAUGGCAAUACGCCACCUCAAAUUUUUGCAGGAACGCGCCAAUGCUGCUGAGAGACAAGUGAGCGAGGAGAACUUCAGGGCUGGCUACCAGGAGGCAGUCGCGGAGGCCGUCAGGUUCCUGGUGGAAAUACAGGGCUAUGGUCGCAACGACGGGCUUUGCGUGCAGUUGGCUUCACACCUACAGAGACACUGCGAAGCUGUUACGAAAGAUUUUAGAGGCCUGUUUAUAGGUGAAGUUCCCCGUGAUAAACCACGAUCACAUCCCGGGUCCUCUUCAGAGACAUCGGGUAGUUCUUCGGGCAGUUCUCACGGGUAUUCCAUGAACACUGGCGUGAUCGCCCAGGCACCACCACCGGGUCCUUCUUACCCUCCACAAUCUUAUGAGCCGGACCAUCCUACUGAGCCUGUAUACCCUAUGGAAUGCGACAGAGUAUCUGCAAAUCAACAUCCAUUAGCGACAGACGGUGAAAUGCAAACGGAAGCAGAGCCCCUGCCCCUUGAUGGACGCAGAAAACGUGAGCCCACACUCCGAACAGUUAGGAAACCUGAACACAACGACGACUAUUUACAAUCCUACAAGUUCAAGAAUUACAUAGAAAGAAGAUUUUCAAGAUCACAGGACGAGCACAAUGAUUUGAAGGCUGUGGACAUGGCUACGCGAUCGACUCACCCGCACGGGAAGGCCUACUACAACCACAAACGACGUCGAGCGGCGAAGCUAGUGCCCUCUACAUCUACGUCUAAUUCCGGCUCCACGGAGGAAGCCAGAGAUACCUCUCCACAGGACACAUCGAGCGAGUCCCCCCACCACCAUAAUCAUUACGAGAAACCGCCACCGCCAACGCAAUUCGUGCCAGUGUUCGCUCUCAAUGCUCUUGGUAAAUAUUACGUUCCGCUAAGCGUGGACUAUGCGUGUUUAUCGAGACAUCUCGGCGCUUAUGACCUGCUGGAUGCUCGAGCAGUACACCUCGCGGCGCCACUUCAUCCUGUCACAAUACAUGUUAAUUUUCAACCCUGCCUCAAUUAUCACGUUAAACGUGAGCCCAACGAGAGAGAAUGGCGACCCGUCUGAAUUCUAAACACCCAAAUGAAAGAAGUGGUUGAAUUUAAAUAAUAGUUCAAUGGGACUUAAUGCUCGUUUGCUUAUAGACCAAGUUACAGCAUUUAUCUACGCGUUCCUUUGUCUAUGGAAGGCAAUGAAAAAUUGACAUUGUCAUUGGUAGUGGUGCAACAUACUCAUAGAAAGAGGAUAUCAGACAUUUAUUUUUAAUCUGUGGGUGAAACUUUACGAAUGAGAACUAUUCCUAAUUUAAUGUUACCAUGUACAUUCAUAAAUGUGAUUAUAGGUUAAUUAGAUAUAAAAGUAAAUUAAGUAGUAAGUGUAUUAAGUGAUAAAAGAGUUAAGACUAAAAUACAAAUUAAAUGAAAUUAUUGUAUUAGUCUUUGCUUCCAUAAGUUUCCCAAAGAAAAACUGAUUAGGUAUAUAUAGGUGGCCAACUUUUUUAGUUGAAUUAGUUUCUAUGGAAAGGAAAGAAAAACAAAGUUAAAUAAGUAUAUAGUUUUUGUACACUUAAAAACUAAAUAAAUUUGUAUUACCAUUACCUUACCAUAAAUAACUAUUAGAUACCCCUUUUACAUUUAGUCGUUCUUAGAUUGGUGAUCGUCGCAAAGAUAAUAAUGGUAUAAACCAAAAUCGAAGAGAAAGUGGUAUUUAAUAUUUGAUACUAUUUUUAAUUACCUUAUCUAUAUGCAAAAUGUAUCUAUUUUGUAAACGAUAUUUCUGGCAUUUAUUCUAUUUUUAUAAAAUAUAUUUUGGAGUUAACAUUUAAAAUGGGUAUAUAAAUAUAAUUAUAUAAUAUAAUGUAUCUACUUACUCAUCUAUUCAUAAAAAAAUGUUUAAUUACCACGGGAUCUUCGAUAAAAGUACCAAAUUGCGCAUAUUUAGAUAGGUACCUGUUCUAAGGUACCUUCUUAGGAUGUAAUUAUAUUGUGAAUACAGUUUUUGAUUUUCAAUUGUUUGUGUAUUUAAAACUCAGACUUCAUUUUGGUUCAUAAUGUAAAUAGUUAUGUGUAGUUUAUAAAAAGAAGAUGAAUUUAAGCUGAGCGAGGUAUAAACUGACAGGUCUAGUCAAUUCCGCGUUACGCAUUGUUAAAUUCAGAUAGUAUCUAUUUAGGCAUCUUAAAAUAUUAAUUAAAAUUAAUUUUUUUAAUCAAAAUCUUACGAAUAUUUUAUUAUGAUUACCUGUUCCCCGAAACUUCGUCUACGAACGAGGAAUUAAAAUAUUGUUAAAGUUGCAUAUAUUUCAAAUACUAAGGCAUAGAUAAAUAAUGGUAUACCUUCCUACCUUAGCUACCUACAUUCAUAGAGUGUGUAAACUGAAACGUUGUUAAUUCUAUGCCUACCGAUAAAACGAUAUUUUUUUGAUAAAUUAUGAUUAAAAUAUUUUAUAAUACAUAACGAUUGUUUUCUUAUUCAACUUGUUUAAAUUUGUUAGUUUAAUGUUUUAUUAUUUAAUAUUUGUAGUAAAUACAAAUAUACCCUGCAUAGACUUGUUAUAAGACUGAGGUUUAUUUUCUUUUAAUUUGGUCGGAUGUCGUAGGUUAUAUUUUUCUUUUCAAAACGUGGAAGAUACUGUAAAAUCUACAUUUUACAUUAAAAUUAUAUAAUCUAUAAGAGUAUAUACUUAUAAAAAAACUUAUAUUUAAGUAUACUUUAAAAAAAUUAGUAUAAUUAAAUAUCAGGAAGUUUUUUUUUAUUUCUCUCUUGUUACCUGCAAUCGACUCUUCCAUUACAACGAUAAUCAGAUAGUAUCUUGUGUGAAAAUUAGCGUUUUGAAGAGUAAUCCAGCUCUCUCAGAAUGAUUUUGUAAAGUUCUUCAGACUCUAGUGUCAAGGUUCAAAUCAAGCCAUCGUCUCAGUCUUGUAGAUUGUUGUACUGUGAGUACUUCUCCAGCCAGAUCAUUCGUAUGAUUUAUAAGGCGCUGUUUAUAUUUUUUUCUGUUAAUCCUUUUCUUUAACAGUAUUGACUAGCGUAUAGUUAUGCAUCUCCUCAUUUCUAAUAAACCAAGGGGAUUUAGUAAUGUUUCUUAAAAUUAUGUUCUGAAAUCUCUAUAUUGGAGUUACUAGCGGAACCGGAGUUGCUAUCAGGAAAUAGUAGAAAAUUUGUUUGUAUAUUUGUAGCUGUCGUAGUUAGCCCGCCGUAGACCUAGAAAAAAAUUAAAGCUUAUAACACUUCUGACAAAUUUGUAUCAAUCUAAUUUUUGGAUGCGUAGAAAGUUAGAAUUGCAGGUAUUAUCCUUGUGUUUGUCAUUGAAAGAAUAAACUGUUGAAAUUAAUGCCAAGUACUAUUCUUAAUCUAUGAUAAAAACAAAGAAUUUGGACCAAGAUAUGGGCGAUCUAAUUUAUAUUUUAUUUGUGUUCCUUAUAUAAUUCCUCACCCAUUUCAUUAAAAAUACCUUUUCCUACAUCCAUUUUAUGCCUUUUAGCUCAUCCUGAACUUUUGAUUUAAAAUUAAUAAAUCUACGAAUAUAAAAAUUGGAAACAACUAAAUCCACCAAUAUGUGAUGUAUCCUAUAAGCAAUGAACAAAUCUAAGAAAAUUUGAAUUUUCUUAAAAAAAGGACUUUUUUU